UUUCACUAACGUAAUAUUUCUUUUGUUACAGAACCACAUUGAAGAUUCGUGCGGACCCAACGUCGUCCGCCGAAACAUGGUCGCCGAGUUUAUAUUGAGCCAGCAGCAGCUGCUGGGCGGAGGCCCCGCCCUGGGCCCCGCACCGAGCCCCCAGCGCGUGCCACCGCCACCGCGGGCCCGCCUUUCUGUGUCACCGCAUUUCCCAAUGGACCAAUCCCCUUCAUCCAACGGAUCAGCUGAGCACCACGAAUUCGGAAACUCCUUUGAAUUCUCCAAAAGGAAAGAAUUCUUCGGGCAACGCAAGCAACGCGAAUUCAUUCCUGACAGCAAAAAGGACGACGGCUACUGGGACCGCAGGCGGCGAAACAAUGAAGCCGCCAAGCGUUCCCGGGAAAAACGCCGCUUCAAUGACAUGGUCCUCGAACAACGCGUCGUUGAACUCUCAAAGGAAAACCAUGUGCUUAAAGCGCAAUUAGACGCCAUUAAAGAAAAAUACGGAAUCUGUGGAGAAACACUCAUCAGCAUCGACCAAGUCUUAGCCACAUUACCGACGUGUGAUCAAGUCCUAUGUGUAACUAAAAGGAGUAAACUGACCAGCAAUGCCCUAUUCCCGCCUGCGCCACCCCCACCUCCCCCGAUUCCCCCAGCGUCUCCCCCAUCCCCACCACCA